UACUGACUGGAUCCGCCUCAAACUCAACGUUACGUCACAUACACGCGCCGUCGCGAGGGCCAAACUUGUACAGUGAGUGAAGCAUGGGACACCUUGGUGCUACAAUCAUCCUGAUUCAUAUUUUAUUUUGGACUGUUUGCAGUGGUUUGCCGAAGUGCAAGCGGGACGAGUAUGCCUGCGCCAACCGGCGCUGUGUAUCCUCUGUCUUCCUCUGUGACAAGGUGGAUGAUUGUGGCGAUGGGAGCGACGAGGUCUCCUGUAAGCAAGACCGGCCGUACUUAAUGGUCCCUAGAGCCCCCACUCCUUCUCCUCAAGCCCCCUGUGGCCCCUCGGAGUUCAGCUGUGGGGAUGGAGAGUGCAUCCCGCAUGCCUUCCGCUGCGACCACUCGGAAGACUGUGCAGAUAGGAGUGACGAGCAAGACUGUGAUAAGAAUGAGUGUGAGGAAAACAACGGGGGCUGCUCUCACCUGUGCCUGGACCAGCCCAUGGGUGUCUUGUGUGACUGCCCCCCAGGCAUGAUGCUAGUGGGGGAUACCCAGUGUGAGGAAAUUGAUGAGUGCCUUAGCAACGAUGUCUGCAGUCAGAUUUGUAUCCAUGUGAAUGGCACCUUGAGCUGCGAUUGUCAUAAAGGUUACAUAAUGGGUCCCCACACUGGACAAUGCACAGUCAUAGGAGAUAAGGCUGUCAUUGCAUUUAGCAGUUUGACUGGCCUGCGUUCCGUGGACACAUUGGGUGAGGAGUACCGUCAGGUCACAGCAUCCUCCACCACUCCAGGCCCAGUGGCCAUGCUUGUUGCAAACCGGACCAUCUACUGGGCCAGUUCCGAGCAAGGCACCAUUUACAGGACGUCACUGGAGGGAAAUACUCAUGAGUCUGUGUUGCUGUUGCGGAGCCAGGGCACCAUUCUGGGUUUGGCUGUGGACUGGAUCCACCAUCUGCUCUACUGGACCAACACCAACACACAUUCUGUGAAUGUGGCCACUCUGGAUGGGUCCCAGCGGCGUCUUUUGGUGGAAGGCCUGUCCAAACCGACUGGAGUAGCAGUGGAGCCACUGGAAGGGCUGCUGUUCUGGGCCGAUGCCGGUACCACUCCCAGGAUUGAGCGUGCAUCGCUAGAUGGACGCGGGAGGACAACCCUGGUCACUUCUGUGUUACAAAGCCCAGUAGCCAUUGCUGUAGAUCUCCCGCGCAAGCUCCUGUACUGGGCCGAUGCUGGGAGACAUUCAUUAUCACGGGUCAACUUCGACGGCAGGCAGCGUAAGACCGUGCUGGAGUCCAACGGGUACCUGGACCGACCGUUUGGACUGGCUGUGUUCGAGGGGCAUGUGUUCUGGUCUGACCAGGCCAGCGGCACCGUGAACCGUGCCAGCAAGCACGAUGGCAGCUCCACUCUGGUGCUCCUAGGCCAGACGUCCUCGCCGGGAGGGUUAGCCGUGGUACACCCCGUCCUGCAGCCGCAUGGUGAGGCAGCGUGUGGCUUCCUAGAGAAGGUGUGUCCAUCUGGGUGUGUGCUGGAAUUCUUCUCCGAGAAGGCAAUGCCCGGUUACACCUGUUUGUCUCCUACAGAUCCUCCAAAGAUUUCAUCAUACCAGCCUCCGCUGAAGUCGGACCUUUCUGAGGCCAGCUUCGCAUGGAUAGUGUCACUUAUCGUGCUGCUCAGCCUGCUGCUGGUGUGGCUGCUGUGGUGGUGGAGCAGCUCCACCCAAAGAAGCCCCAGCCUCCAUGCUGACGACUUCCUCGGAGAGUCCCGUGACCCCCUGAUGCCUGCUGCCCCCCUUAAUGGCCAUCUCCUCAACGAGACUGCUUAAGCCUGCGGAGGUGAUGGGACGGAAGGUGCUUGCUUGAAGACGAGGAGUCGGGUGAUUUGAGAAGAGUCAGCGUCAUCCAGUCAUCCUCUCCUGCCAUGUCCUCUCCUGUCUUAACUAUUAAAGGCUACCAAGUCCCUGUGCUGCUGUGGGGCCAGUGAGCAGCACUGGGUGAUGGUGCUGGUGCCAGCCCCUUGCACAACCUGUAAUUCCUGAGAGAUGAGUUCUGGCGGGAGGGGAAGGUGGGAGGGUGAGGGUGAAGUGACAGAUUAAAUGGGGAUUUAGAACAGGUUAUUUAACUCAAUGUCACAGAGUUUUAUCAGAAGAUUAUUUGGACUAAGGAAUUAUGUUUGUUUAAUUGCCUUUCUCUCUGUGUGUGUGUGAGAGAGGUUUAACUUCCUUCUUCCUUUUCUAAAAACUUUCCAGGAAGAAAAUUCCAAUGUUGGGCCACCAUUUGGUACAAAUAGUUGGCCUAAUCAUUCGUGAAUAAUUACUUGACAAAGAAUCUGUGUUGAGUCACCCUAUACUGUAAGCACAUGCUUGAGUGACUUCCUGAUUUAAGGAUUAAUCCAACUUGAACCAAGCUGCCCAUUACUUGGCAACAUGGCCAUGAAGUUAAGUUAUUAUGCUUUAACCUAAUUAGUUGGCGAAGUGGUUCUCUGUUUUUCCAGUAUUUGCAACACACUUUUUUCUGGCCUUAACUACUCUAAUUUGUUUAUCUCUGGUACUGUUAAGUUGAUGGCUAUACAAGUUUUCCUAUUCAGAUAUCCUGAAUGGCUGGAAUUAGCUGGUUUAUUGAAAGUAA